ACUCCAAGAUAACGGGGGCUGGUAUCGCGAAUCAGAGGGGUGUUCCAAGUUCAGAGACAGAGUGGUAACUGUUACGCAUGCCUUCGGUGAAUAUCGGCUAACGAAAGACCGCUUUCACAGAUAAGGUUGAAAGAACUUCAGAAUUGUAUUCUACGAAAACAGAAUCGGACGAACAUCUGAAGAUUCUCGAAGACAACACCCUUUAACUUGAAGUUGAUCUUUCAGAUGCAGUGGCUUUGGCGACAGUCCCUAGAAUAACGGGCACCGGGACGUGAGAGAGACAUGGAGAAUGGGAAGAGCCGCCUGCAGCAGGCCCAGGAUAAUGUGGACGAGGUGAAGGUCAUUAUGAUGGAUAACCUCAACAAGGCCGAGGAGCGCACAGGCAAGCUGGGGGAACUGGAGAACCGAGCAGACGUGCUGCUUGAGCAGAGCAGGGGGUUUGCCAAGACUGCAGGGAAGGUGAAGAGGAAGAAACAGUGGGAGAACAACAAAUUGAAAAUCCUGAUAUUUGGCAUUGUAUCAGGCGUCAUUGUGGUCAUUAUCCUGGUGGCAAUUCUGACCAGCACUGACUUCAACAGUGCCACAACAGGAAGUGACGGACCUGAAGAAAACACCACUCCAUCAGCGGACUCGCAGGGAAAUUAGAGGACAAUGGGAUGUUUAGGAAGACAGGAAGAUUUAUCAGGGAUUCCCUCCAGAGGAAAAGGAAUUGAUUAGGGGGUACAGUCAAGCCUGUGUAGUCAACAAGAGUUGGUGGCGAUUGCAAAGAUUGCUUUUGUAAGAUUGGAACAGAAGGGUCUGAAGCAUAACUUCCUAUGAGUUUAAAGCAGUAUUAUUUGUAAUAGAAAUAUCAUGUUGUCACUUCGAGGUGUUUGCCUAGACAAAUGUUGAAAAGGUACCGGGAUCUGCUGCUUCCUUAGCCAUGUUUCUGUGGUAAAGUCUGUUGCAGUGUACAGGCUUUUUAGAGGUUUACAUGUGGGGUUUGAUACCGUUCAUCUGGUAAACAUUUAUUCAAGUGAGUUUACAGUUUUUCAUGACACAGUAUUAUCAAUAGCCACUGCUAGUACAAGACAUUUCGAAUAUUGUAUGCCGUGCCUCCAUAGCAGUACAUUUCAGUUUAAUUUAUACCUGUGUGCUAAUGCAGUUAAGAAAACUACUGAAAAAUGGAUAUCUUUUAGUAAUGAAGGGUAGGUUUUUGCCGUAUCUGCUGUAGUUCUCACAAUAAAACAUGUUUGCUCAGCCUGUGGGGCUUGUAUAGUUAUACUCAUUUGUAUUAUAAGUGCCUCUCAUUUGGAAGAAGAAACAUGGUUUGGUGUUUAGUAAGAUUUGAUCAGACUAUAGUUAUAACCUUGGGAAAAUAGACACCUCUGCUGCUGUCAAAACAUUUCAGCUGUGUUAAUCUUUGUAUAUGUAUAAUUCCUCUGACUGUUAAUGUAAUUCUAUUGUGCCUUUUGUCAAUGCCUUCAACAUAAAUGCCAGUUUUCACUUCCA